GUGUAGUUCCGGUAUGUCACGUGCUUGUUGACGUCGUCUGUGUGCAACAACAUGGCUGCGCCCAUAACCAGAGGAGCUGCAACGAGCAGCCUUGAAACAGGCAUGGUUGUCAAGAAAGCCGUUUCCAUCGUUGCUCCUCUUGCUCUCCGAAUCAUCGCCGAAUGUCCAGUGACCAAAGCGAGGGCUUGUGAUCUCAAACUCCCUCACUGUACGAUCAGCACCCCAGUGUUUAUGCCUGUUGGUACACAAGGCACGAUGAAGGGAAUCACUGUGGACCAACUCGAUGAUCUGGGAUGUCAGAUUUGUCUUGGCAACACAUACCACUUGGGUAUGAGACCGGGUCCUGAGCUGAUUGAGAAAGCAAAUGGCCUGCAUGGCUUCAUGAACUGGAAAAGAAACCUUUUGACUGACAGUGGGGGCUUUCAGAUGGUGUCUCUUGUUGAACUAUCUGAGGUUACUGAGGAGGGGGUCAAGUUCAAAUCUCCUUAUGAUGGGAAGGAGAUCCUUCUGAGUCCUGAGCAGUCAAUCGCCAUACAGAACAGUCUGGGGUCAGACAUCAUGAUGCAGUUGGAUGACGUGGUCAGCAGUACGGUGACUGGGCCGCGGGUGGAGGAGGCUACGUGGAGAUCGAUUCGCUGGCUGGACCGCUGCAUUGCAGCCAAUAAGAAUCCAGAUAGACAGAACCUGUUUGCCAUCAUCCAGGGGGGCCUGAACACAGAGCUGCGCAAAGCCUGUCUAGACGAAAUGACAAAACGGGAUGUUCCUGGCUUUGCUAUCGGUGGGCUGAGCGGAGGUGAGGAGAAGGAUGAUUUCUGGAGGAUGGUGACACUCAGCACAGACCACCUGCCUCGGGAGAAGCCUCGCUACCUCAUGGGGGUUGGUUAUGCAGUAGACCUGGUGGUGUGUGUUGCUCUGGGUUGUGACAUGUUUGACUGUGUCUUCCCAACACGCACUGCAAGGUUUGGCUCAGCUCUAGUCCCGUGGGGAUCUCUGACAAUUACCAAGAAGCAGUUUGCCAAGGACCUACAGGCAAUAGAUCCAGACUGCCAGUGCCCCACCUGCCGGAGGCACAGUCGGGCCUAUCUGCAUGCUCUGUUCAAGAGUGACACCGCAGCCAUGCAUCACAUUACCAUCCACAACAUCUCCUACCAGCUCACUCUGAUGCGGUCGAUGAGACAGAGCAUCAUAGAUGGUCGCUUCCCAGACUUUGUGAGGACAUUCAUGAAGAGAAUGUUCCCCUCUCCUGAACAGUAUCCAGGCUGGGCGGUGGAUGCUCUAGGAACAGUCAACAUCACAUUGAAUUAAACUGCUUUAUACAGCCUGGGACUUCCUCUGAAAUGGCCAAUAAGACCUUUUUAUAUGAGAAAUCAGAUCUCCUUUUUAAAAAUGGUUUUGUUUGUUAUGAAAUCGCUUUUUCUACUUUCAUGCUUAUUAUGCUUCAUUUGGGUAAUUGCUUCUGCCUGUAUAUUCUGUCAGUGUCACGCCCUGGUCGAAGUAUAGUAUGUUUGUCUUCAUUUAUUUGGUCAAGCCAGGGUGUGACAUGGGUUAUUAUGGUGCGUUUUUGUCAUGGGGUUUUGUGGGGUGUCUCGCAUAGUCUAUGGCUGCCUGAGGCGGUUCUCAAUCAGAGUCAGGUGAUUUUCGUUGUCUCUGAUUGGGAACCAUAUUUAGGCAGCCAUAUUCUUUGAGUAUUUCGUGGGUGAUUGUUCCUGUCUCUGUGUUAGUUGUCACCAGAUAAGGCUGUAUAGGUUUUCACCUUCCGUUUGUUGUUUUUGUAUUGUUCGUGUUUCAUCAUUCAUCAAAGAUGUAUCGAACUAACCACACUGCAUUUUGGUCCGACUCUCCUUCGACGGAAGAAAGCCGUAACAGAAUCACCCACCACACCAGGACCAAGCAGCGUGGUGACAGGCAGCGGCAGCAGGAGCUACGAAGUUUGGAGUAUACGACUUGGGAGGAAAUAGACAGGUGGGCGGUCGACCCAGAGAGAGUGCCGGAGCCCGCCUGGGAUUCGCUGGAGCAGUGCGAAGCAGGUUAUCGGAGAAUGGAGUUGGCGAAGCAAGCAUGGCGACGCGGAUGGAAGACCGAGAGUCAGCCCCAAAAAUGUAU